AUGCCCUCGUCAGCGCCCAUUGCUCCUUCGGCCAAUGUGCGACCUUCGAUAUUGCGUUCUCCUUCAAAGAAUGUCCCAGCUUCUGUGAACCCCUCAAGUACUCCGCCUUCUGUUCCUCGUCCUCCUUCCCGAAACGCGACUACCACGACAAGUGUUGUUCCUAUAAACAACCCAGUCCCGUCUGUUCCUCCUUUGCCAAAACCCUUUUCUUCAGUGUCGAGAACUCCCUCAAGGAAAGCGCCCCCCUCGAUCCCUCAUGCACCUCCAAGGCAGGAAUCUUAUUCGACUACCAAUUCUCCUAAAAACAAUGCCUCUUCUUCAGUUGCUGUUCCUUUGGAACGAAAGGUCGCCCCUCCGGUAAUCGCUCCGUCCGAAAGCACGAAACCUACCAUGGCAGUUGCAACUCCGAUUGUUCCCCUACAAGACGCCUCUUCCGUGCCGACCAAAGCGGGAUCGCUACCGCCGAAGGCUCCCGUCAAAUCAGCCACAAUGGGGACAGAGGCAUAUACAAAUCUUCCAGAACGGCGCGAUUCGAGGCGGUUGCAGCGUCGGCGUACCCACGCUCUUGGGGUACGAGAUGCACCUGAGGAAGGCAUUUUAGGUCGAUACUUCGCAAAAGCAAUGGAGGUUGGGGUGGUAGCUACUGUCACGAAUGCAUGGGAAGAUCUGAAUAGAUGGUGGUCCGCAUAG